UUUCGCUUCCACGGCUGCCGUGAGCGGAGCUCUCCCGCUCACCGCCCGUGGCGCUGCCUGCCUGCCGAGCGGUCGGUCGGCCGCGGUCCCUCAGGCUCUCUCCGUCUCUGUCACUGCCCGCUGGCAGCAGGCCUGGCCGCUCCCACGCGGAGCGAGCUUCUCCUCAGGGCCAUGUCCAGGCCGAGCAGCGUCUCGCCGCGUCCUCCGGCUCCUGGCGGAGGCGGCAGCGGAGGAGGCGGCGGCGGCCCCGCUUCGUGUGGUCCUGGAGGCGGCGGCCGGGCCAAGGGGCUCAAAGACAUUCGUAUCGACGAGGAGGUAAAGAUCGCCGUCAACAUCGCGCUGGAGCGCUUCCGAUAUGGUGACCAGCGAGAAAUGGAAUUUCCUUCUUCUUUGACCAGUACAGAAAGAGCCUUUAUUCACCGACUGAGUCAGUCUCUUGGUUUAGUUUCUAAAAGUAAAGGAAAGGGAGCAAAUAGGUACCUAACUGUGAAGAAGAAAGAUGGAUCAGAGACAGCCCAUGCAAUGAUGACCUGUAAUUUGACUCACAAUACAAAACAUGCUGUUAGAAGCCUAAUUCAGAGAUUUCCUGUCACCAAUAAAGAGCGUACUGAACUUCUACCUAAAACAGAAAGAGGAAAUGUGUUUGCAGUUGAAGCUGAAAACCGAGAAAUGAGCAAGACAAGUGGGCGACUUAACAAUGGCAUACCUCAAGUUCCUGUGAAAAGGGGAGAGUCCGAAUUUGAUGCUUUCAGGCAGUCUUUACCAGUUUUUGAAAAACAAGAAGAAAUUGUUAAAAUAAUAAAAGAGAAUAAAGUAGUUUUGAUUGUAGGAGAAACUGGGUCUGGAAAGACUACACAGAUUCCUCAGUUCCUAUUAGAUGAUUGCUUUAAGAAUGGCAUUCCCUGCCGAAUAUUUUGUACUCAGCCAAGACGAUUAGCUGCUAUUGCUGUGGCUGAAAGAGUUGCCGCCGAGAGAAGGGAAAGAAUUGGUCAAACAAUUGGUUAUCAAAUCCGAUUAGAAAGCAGGGUUUCUCCAAAGACACUUUUGACAUUUUGCACUAAUGGGGUAUUGCUUCGUACAUUGAUGGCAGGUGAUAGCACACUGUCAACUGUGACCCAUGUCAUUGUGGAUGAAGUACAUGAAAGGGAUCGGUUCAGUGAUUUUUUACUCACAAAAUUAAGAGAUUUGUUGCAAAAGCACCCAACUUUGAAACUAAUUCUUUCUAGUGCUGCCUUGGAUGUGAAUCUCUUCAUAAGAUAUUUUGGAAGUUGUCCAGUGAUAUAUAUACAGGGAAGACCAUUUGAAGUAAAAGAAAUGUUUCUGGAAGAUAUUUUAAGAACUACUGGAUAUACCAACAAAGAAAUGUUAAAGUACAAAAAGGAAAAGCAACGAGAAGAGAAACAGCAAACCACACUCACAGAAUGGUACUCAGCUCAAGAGAAUACUUUCAAGCCUGAGUCUCAGAGGCAGAGAGCUGUUGCAAGUGUGUCUGAAGAGUAUGAUUUAUUAGAUGAUGGAGGUGAUGCUGUCUUUAGUCAACUGACAGAAAAAGAUGUGAAUUGCCUUGAACCAUGGUUAAUCAAAGAAAUGGAUGCUUGUCUUUCUGACAUAUGGCUACAUAAAGAUGUUGAUGCUUUUGCUCAGGUCUUUCAUCUAAUUUUAACUGAAAAUGUUAGUGUUGAUUACAGACAUAGUGAGACCAGUGCCACAGCUCUGAUGGUUGCCGCGGGACGGGGUUUUACGAGUCAAGUAGAACAGUUAAUUAGUAUGGGAGCCAAUGUCCACAGUAAAGCAUCAAAUGGCUGGAUGGCUUUAGAUUGGGCUAAGCACUUUGGACAAACUGAAAUUGUGGAUCUUCUAGAAUCUUACAGUGCUUCAUUGGAAUUUGGAAAUCUAGAUGAAAGUUCUUUGGUUCAAACAAAUGGAAAUGACCUCAGUGUAGAAGACAGAGAGCUGUUGAAAGCUUACCAUCAUAGUUUUGAUGAUGAAAAGGUAGACUUGGAUUUGAUCAUGCAUCUUCUAUACAAUAUCUGCCAUAGUUGUGAUGCUGGUGCAAUAUUAAUUUUUCUACCUGGAUAUGAUGAAAUUGUUGGUUUGAGGGAUCGUAUCCUGUUUGAUGACAAGCGGUUUGCUGACAAUACACAUAGAUAUCAAGUCUUUAUGCUCCAUUCAAAUAUGCAGACAUCUGAUCAAAAGAAGGUAUUAAAAAAUCCACCUGCAGGUGUCCGAAAAAUAAUCCUUUCCACCAAUAUUGCUGAAACAAGCAUCACUGUCAAUGAUGUUGUCUUUGUUAUUGAUUCUGGUAAGGUGAAGGAGAAAUCCUUUGAUGCACUGAAUUUUGUUACAAUGUUAAAAAUGGUGUGGAUUUCCAAAGCUAGUGCCAUACAGCGCAAAGGCAGAGCUGGACGAUGUAGACCUGGAAUUUGUUUCCGUCUGUUUAGUAGACUCCGAUUUCAGAACAUGCUGGAAUUUCAGACUCCAGAGCUCUUGAGAAUGCCUUUGCAGGAACUUUGUUUACAUACUAAAUUGUUAGCCCCUGUUAAUUGUACCAUUGCUGACUUCCUUAUGAAAGCCCCUGAACCACCUCCAGCUUUAAUUGUAAGAAAUGCUGUUCAGAUGCUUAAGACAAUAGAUGCAAUGGAUGCAUGGGAAGACCUGACUGAGCUUGGGUAUCAUUUGGCUGAUUUGCCAGUAGAGCCACAUCUCGGUAAAAUGGUCCUGUGCGCUGUUGUUUUAAAGUGUCUGGACCCCAUCCUAACAAUUGCCUGUACACUAGCUUAUCGCGACCCUUUUGUACUGCCUACCCAGGCCUCUCAAAAACGUGCAGCUAUGCUUUGUAGGAAACGGUUCACUGCAGGAACUUUCAGUGACCACAUGGCACUUCUCAGAGCAUUCCAGGCAUGGCAGAAAGCACGAAGUGAUGGCUGGGAGCGAGCUUUUUGUGAAAAGAAUUUUCUCUCACAAGCUACUAUGGAAAUCAUUAUAGGCAUGAGAACACAGUUACUUGGUCAGCUUAGAGCAUCAGGUUUUGUUAGAGCACGAGGUGGUGGUGACAUUCGAGAUGUUAACACAAAUUCCGAGAACUGGGCCGUUGUUAAAGCUGCAUUGGUAGCAGGCAUGUAUCCUAAUUUAGUCCAUGUGGACAGAGAGAAUGUAGUAUUGACAGGGCCAAAGGAAAAAAAAGUACGAUUUCAUCCCACUUCAGUUCUCAGUCAGCCUCAGUAUAAAAAGAUUCCUCCAGCAAAUGGUCAGGCUGCAGCGAUUCAGGCCUUGCCCACAGAUUGGCUUAUUUAUGAUGAAAUGACCAGAGCCCAUAGAAUUGCUAAUAUCAGGUGUUGUUCAGCAGUGACACCUGUUACUGUCCUGGUGUUCUGUGGACCAGCAAGGCUGGCAAGUAAUGCUCUUCAGGAACCUUCAUCCUUUAGAGCGGAUGGCAUUCCCAAUGAUAGUAGUGACAGUGAAAUGGAGGACAGAACCACUGCUAAUCUGGCUGCUUUGAAACUUGAUGAGUGGCUUAAUUUCAAAUUAGAGCCAGAGGCUGCCAGUUUAUUGCUGCAGCUUAGACAGAAAUGGCAUAGCUUGUUUUUACGCCGAAUGAGAGCUCCAUCUAAACCUUGGUCUCAAGUCGAUGAAGCUACUAUACGAGCAAUUAUAGCUGUUUUGAGCACUGAAGAACAGUCUGCAGGUUUACAGCAGCCGUCUGGAAUUGGCCAGAGGCCAAGACCCAUGUCUUCAGAAGAACUUCCUUUGGCUUCCUCUUGGAGAUCCAAUAACAGUAGGAAAAGUUCAGCUGACACCGAGUUUGCUGAUGGAUCCACUACUGCAGAAAGAGUACUGAUGAAAUCUCCAUCUCCAGCCUUACAUCCACCUCAGAAGUACAAAGACAGAGGAAUUUUACAUCCUAAACGGAGCACUGAUGACCGAUCAGAUCAAUCAUCUGUAAAAUCUACAGACAGCAGCAGUUACCCAAGUCCUUGUGCUAGUCCCUCUCCUCCAUCCUCAGGGAAGGGCUCAAAGUCUCCUUCACCAAGACCAAACAUGCCUGUUCGUUACUUUAUAAUGAAGAGUAGCAAUCUGAGAAACCUGGAAAUUUCUCAACAGAAGGGUAUCUGGUCUACAACUCCGAGUAAUGAGCGAAAGCUAAAUCGAGCCUUUUGGGAGAGCAGCAUGGUUUACUUGGUAUUUUCUGUUCAAGGAUCUGGACAUUUUCAGGGAUUUUCUAGGAUGUGUUCUGAGAUAGGAAGAGAGAAGAGCCAGGACUGGGGUUCAGCUGGACUAGGUGGAGUAUUUAAAGUAGAGUGGAUACGCAAAGAAAGCCUGCCCUUUCAGUUUGCACACCAUUUGCUCAAUCCUUGGAAUGACAACAAGAAAGUGCAGAUAAGCAGAGAUGGGCAGGAGCUAGAACCUCAGGUUGGUGAACAGUUGCUCCAGUUGUGGGAACGUCUUCCAUUGGGAGAGAAAACGACAGCUGAUUGACAUUGACAUUCAGAAUUCCUGGCUGUGGAAGAGCAUUAUGCCUCUUGUAACUACUGAGUGCACUGACUUGUUGAAAACCUUGAUGAGGUGUUGUGUGUCAUGAAUGGGUUUUGUAACUUAGCGUGUUACUUCAGAAUCAUCAUUUUCAUAUAGAGGAAAAUAUCAUUUAAAUUUUUGUAGUGAUUUUAGGCAAUGACUAUAUAAUGUUAAUUAUAUGUUUCUGAUGAACGAAAUAGUAAUUUUGAUAUUUGAUAUAACAGCACUUAUUUUAAUUUAAUUUAAAUGUAAAGAUUUCUUUAAAAUAUUCAGUUGAUUAUGACAACUUUUUAUUUUUUAUUUAUUUUUUAUUUUUAUUUUUGUUUUUCUGGACAGGAUUUCUUUGUGUAGCAUUGGCUGUCCUGGAACUAGCUCUGUAUGUAGACCAGGGUGGCUUCAAACUCCCAGAGAUCUGCUUGCUGCUGCCACCUGAGUGCUGGGAUUAAAGGCACAUGCCACCACUGCCCAGCGAUGCCAAACUCUUACUGCUGACUAUUUAAUUCAGGAAAGGCAUAAAUAUAUCAGUACAUCUAAGCACCAUUCUAGAAGAGUGAACUUUUAGGUUUAUCAUUAAACAACCAGAAAAACUAAACAUUUAAAUUAUCUCUUUUAGAACUAGUGUAUUUAUAAGGGCUAUUCAUUCUGUUAUUUUUAGUCUGGGAUAUAGUAAAGAAGUAAACAAAUGGGGCACUAUUUUUCUCUGAUUAAAGAAUGAGAUAAAAUCUAAAGAAAGGUAGUUUCUCCCUGCCUUUGAUCAGACCAGGCUUAAUUUUUUUCUGACCCUGCCUGUUUUCACUGAUGUACAGUAUACCUAUUCUUUUUUUCUUCUUCCCAUGAAACAACCUUCACACACUAUUAUUACUAUUAUGGCAUCAUUGUUUUGCUAUAGAAACCCAAUUUAGAAACACUAAAAUUUAUGGAGAUUUAUAGAAGUUUUUAAAAAAUGCUCAGCAGUUAUUGGUAGAUUGGUUGCUGUAUAUCUUUGAAACUAAAGCUCACAAGGACCACAGUUCUUUGUCUUCUUCCAUUUAUUUUUCAAUCUUUUUUCUCACCUGUUUUAUAUGAAUCGACAUUUAUUUUUCUAAGUCUGUGUGGACACCAAGUCUCAUAUUUCUUUGCCAUCUCAGAAUAACUUUGUUUGAUGCCUUUCCCACCACAUAUUAAAGAUUUCCUUAGAGACUUUUUAGAGAGAGUAGAAGGACAGGACAAAAACAACAGAUAUGUCUUUAUUACUGAGCUCUAAAUAGAGCAAGCUUGACAGUAAUUUUCAUGGCAUUUGAGUCAUUAUUAUAAAAUGUAUUUAAUUUAAAGAUAAAAAGAAAACAAAUGUCUGGUUCUAUAUUUGAGAACAAAGAUUUGGAAAAUCAUGGAUUGGCAUGAAAUCUUGAGAACUCUUCUACUUUCUCUGAGAAAACAUAUUGGUGCAUUGCUUUACUAUAUUUUCUGUGACUUUUGCCUAUACUAAAAAUUGUGUUAUAUAAAUAAAUAUGUAAUAUAUGAAUGCAUACAUGUGUACACACACACACUUAUCCACCCACUCACUCACACACUUUGAGGCAUACCUGUAAACUGAGCCAAAGUGAAUUAUGCUUCAUUGUAUGUGUAUUACAUUUCUAUUCCUAUUCAAAAAACUUACAGUUUUCCAUCUAACAUAUACUUCUUUUCAAGUAUAUAUGUAGAAAUUUUCAGGAUACUAAAUUUGGAGGGACUUUCAAAAAAUAAAACUUGUUUAAAUUUUCAUCUCUUUUCUAAUAUCUAGCCUUAUAAAUAAAUGAGAGUUUGUUGGUAGA